AGUAAACCAAAACUGAGAUUCAGCAUCUUUCCACCACCUGGCGACCCAGGAGAGCGGAGGCUGACUGUAAUUGCCAGCGCUACAGGAGCGGUACAGGUGGCUGAUCCUCCAUUCGCCACGCCACCACCAAGCCUUCUCCUCGAUUUCUUCACUCUUACGCCCAAUCACCGUCGAUCAAUUUAUGGCUCCCUGGCGUUUCUGAUUUUGAAUUCCGGUUUCGUGGAGGAAGGAAUCCGAUACCGAUCUUCGUCUCUCUGAUUCCUCUCGAUUUCGCUUUUUGGUGUUUGGUGGACAUUGAGAGCUGAUGAUGUUUGAAGGAAAGGAAACAGCGGUUUCUGGCUUUGAGUCUCUUGAUGUGAAGUUUGCUUUCGUUUGAAGCUGAAGAAAGUUUUUUUUCUUUAGGUUUUAUUUGCAAGGAUAGUUUUGAAGAUUUCAUUUUUUUUUUUUUUUUUUUUGCUUAAUUGGGCUACAUACCUGUUUGGGAGAUUUGGAUUUUUGGGUAGAGUUGAACUGAGUUAAAUCAGUCGGCAUGGUGAGUGGGAAUCUAUUUAAUCGUAGAAAGAAUUCGUGGCCGCCUGAGGAGUAUAUUAGCAAAGCUACUCUGCAAUUGUUUGAUUUUGAUAGUGCUGCCCCCCCAGAACAUGCUUGGAGAAGGAGAUUAAACAGCCAUGCUAAUAUUCUUAAAGAAUUUAGUGUCACAUUUAUGGAAGCAAUUAAGAUGGUGAAAUUAGGUAUACGUCUUUGGUCUUAUAUCAGGGAAGAGGCAUCUCACGGAAGGAAAGCACCUAUUGACCCUUUCACUCGAGAAAGUUGCAAGCCAUCUGCAUCCCUAGGCGUUCCUUUAGGAGGAAUGGGAAGUGGAAGUAUAUCAAGAGGUUUUAGAGGCGAGUUCAGGCAAUUUCAAAUUCCUCCUGGAAGUUGUGAUGCUUCACCCGUUAUGGCUAACCAAUUUUCUAUAUUUGUAUCUCGUGAUGGUGGGAAUAAGAAGUAUGCAUCUGUUUUGGCUCCAGGACAGCAUGAAGGAUUAGGGAAAGCUAAUGAUCAUGGUAUCUCUUCAUGGGAUUGGAAUCUGAGUGGCCAGCAUUCAACAUACCAUGCUUUGUUUCCAAGGGCAUGGACAAUUUAUGAUGGUGAACCAGAUCCAGACUUGAAAGUGUCUUGUCGGCAAAUAUCACCAUUCAUACCACAUAAUUAUAAAGAUAGUAGUCUUCCUACAGCUGUUUUUGUAUACACGUUGGUGAAUACCGGGAAAGAAAGGGCAAAAGUCAGUCUUCUUUUUACAUGGGCAAAUUCAAUUGGAGGAAUUUCUGAUUUGUCAGGAGAUCAUGUAAAUGAACCAUUCAUAGGCGAAGACGGGGUCUCUGGCGUACUUCUACAUCACAAGACAACAAAGGGGAAUCCUCCUGUUACCUUUGCGGUUGCUGCAUGUGAAACCCAGAAUGUAAAUGUUACUGUCCUUCCAUGUUUUGGGCUGUCUGAAGGAAGUUCUGUAACAGCAAAGGAAAUGUGGAGUAUAAUGAUGCGGGAUGGACAAUUUGAUUGUGCAAAUUUCAAUUGUGGCCCAAGCAUGCCUUCAUCCCCUGGGGAGACAGUUUGUGCUGCAGUUUCAGCCUCUGCAUGGGUAGAACCUCAUGGAAAGUGUACUGUUGCUUUUGCCCUUGCAUGGUCAUCUCCAAAAAUAAAAUUUUUGAAGGGAAGCAUAUACAAUAGGAGAUAUGCUAAAUUCUAUGGCACUUCUGAAAGAGCAGCUCUGCACUUAGUUCAUGAUGCUCUGACAAAUUACAAGCGAUGGGAAGAAGAGAUUGAGAAAUGGCAAAGUCCUAUCCUCAAGGAUGAAAGACUACCGGAAUGGUACAAGUUCACAUUGUUUAAUGAGCUCUACUUUUUGGUUGCUGGUGGAACAGUUUGGAUCGACUCUUCCUUACCUGAAGAAAACUUGAAAAACAAUCAUCAGCUAACAACAGUAGAAAACAAUGCUAAAGUAACUGAAGCUGAAGUGAACUGUCGGUGCAGUAGUGUUUCUGAACAUACCAUUGCUUGUGGUUUUAAUUGUUCUGCUAGCACUGGAAACAGAAGAAACACCAACAACCCUAUUCAACCCUUGAAGUUGCUAGAUGUGCAGAAUGAUAGUGAUGAUGUUGGUAGGUUUCUGUAUUUGGAAGGAGUAGAAUAUAUCAUGUGGUGCACAUACGAUGUGCAUUUCUAUGCAUCUUUUGCCCUUCUUAUGCUUUUCCCUAAAAUUGAACUCAAUAUUCAACGUGACUUUGCCAAAGCAGUCCUGUCUGAGGAUGGAAGAAAGGUGAAAUUUCUUGCAGAGGGUAAGUGGGGAAUUCGCAAGGUUAGAGGAGCUGUUCCUCAUGAUCUGGGAACACAUGAUCCUUGGAACGAAAUGAAUGCGUAUAACAUACAUGAUUCAAGCAAAUGGAAGGAUCUGAAUCCAAAAUUUGUGCUUCAGGUCUACCGAGAUUUUGCUGCAACAGGAGAUAUGUCAUUUGGUGUUGAUGUCUGGCCUGCUGUUCGUACUGCAAUGGAGUAUAUGGAACAAUUUGAUAGAGAUAAUGAUGACCUUAUAGAAAAUGAUAGGUUCCCAGAUCAAACAUAUGAUACUUGGACUGUGCAAGGUGUAAGUGCUUACUGUGGCUGCUUAUGGCUUGCUGCACUCCAAGCUGCAGCGGCAAUGGCCCUUCAAGUAGGUGACAAAUUCUUUGCUGAACAGUGCAAAAUGAAAUUUUUGAGUGUAAAAACUGCAUUUGAAGCAAAGCUAUGGAAUGGUUCUUAUUUCAAUUAUGAUAGUGGAUCAAGUAGUAAUAGUAAGUCUAUACAAGCAGAUCAACUUGCAGGGCAAUGGUAUACUGCUUCUUCAGGUUUGCCUCCACUUUUUGAUGAUUUCAAAAUUCGAAGUGCUCUCCAGAAAAUAUACGAUUACAAUGUCAUGAAAGUUAAAGGAGGCAGGAUGGGUGCUGUUAAUGGAAUGCACCCCAAUGGAAAGGUUGAUGAGACUUGCAUGCAGUCACGUGAAAUAUGGACAGGUGUCACUUAUGCAGUGGCAGCGAAUAUGAUCCUUGCUGGAAAGGAGGAACAAGGGUUCACUACUGCUGAGGGUAUUUUCAUUGCAGGCUGGUCAGAGGAGAGCCAUGGAUACUGGUUCCAGACUCCAGAGGCAUGGACAAUUGACGAGCACUUCCGAUCUCUUAUGUACAUGAGGCCACUGGCAAUAUGGGGCAUGCAAUGGGCACUAUCAAUACCCAAGAAAAUUCUUGAUGCUCCCAAAAUCAAUAUGAUGGACAGACUCCGCAUUUCUCCCGUUAGUUCAAGAUUCUCUCUGAGUCUGAGUGACACCGGUAUUGGGAAGAUAGCAAAGAAAGCAAAAUGUUUGGGGAAUUCCGUAUUAAACUGCGCAAGCUGAUAUUGCAUGUAAGAUCUUUUCUGCAAAACAAUGUUCGUUAAGUUUUUUUUAUUCCCUUGAACCCUUCCUGGAAGAACUAGAUGCAGGUAUGGGAUGGGGAAGUUUUUCACUGGAGUCAGAUGAAUGAAAACUGUAUCCAAUUAGGUUGACAAUUAUAGAAAUACUUUUUAUUUAUGAAAGUAUAUAGUUCUUUGUUCCUUUCAAUUUAAUCACUAAAUUGAGUUUGUAACA